UUCUUUAUCCCUGCCUUGCUUGGGGUCUCACAGGGAUACUCGGCCUGCUUUCCCUCUGCUGCCUCCACUUGUGCAAAACAUCUUGUGCACAAGCCAAAACAACAAGAACCAUGGCCCAGCAACAGCAGAUUAGCCUCCCAGCCAAACUGGUUAAUGGAGGGAUUGCAGGCAUGGUAGGCGUGACCUGUGUGUUCCCAAUUGACCUGGCCAAGACUCGUCUGCAGAAUCAACGCAGCGGGCAGCAACUCUACAAGAACAUGAUGGAUUGCCUGAUAAAGACAGUUAAAUCGGAAGGCUACUUUGGGAUGUACAGAGGUGCAGCAGUGAAUCUAACCCUGGUGACCCCUGAGAAAGCCAUCAAACUGGCCGCCAAUGACUUCUUUCGCCACCAGCUGAGCAAAGAUGGUAGCAGGUUGACGGUGCUUAAGGAGAUGUUGGCUGGAUGCUGUGCAGGAAUGUGCCAGGUCAUUAUCACCACGCCCAUGGAGAUGCUCAAGAUCCAGUUGCAGGACGCUGGCAGGCUGGCGGCCCAGCAGAGAGUGGUGCCUAGUGUAGCGACUACCCUGAAGAUGGGAGGGACCAGCGCUGUUCUCAGCCGCUCCUACAACACCAGUCCUGCGCCUCAAGUCAUGCGAGUGUCCGCCACGCAGAUCACCAGAGAGCUGCUGAGGACCAAAGGAGUGACGGGGCUUUACAGGGGCCUCGGAGCCACAUUGAUGAGAGACAUCCCGUUCUCCGUUGUGUAUUUCCCACUUUUUGCACAUCUGCACCAGCUCGGCAAACGUUCACGUGAAGACCCGUCUGUUCCCUUUUAUUGGUCCUUCAUGUCUGGCUGCCUGGCUGGAUCCAUUGCUGCUGUAACUGUCAGCCCUUGUGACGUGGUCAAGACAAGGCUACAAUCACUCAGAAAAGGAGCCGACGAGGAAACUUACAGUGGAGUGGCGGACUGCGUCAGGAAGAUCCUGAGGAAGGAGGGUCCUGCAGCGUUCCUGAAGGGGGCCAGCUGCCGCGCCCUGGUUAUCGCCCCGCUCUUUGGCAUCGCACAGGUUGUGUACUUUGUCGGAGUUGGAGAGUUCCUACUUGGGUACACGCCCAACAACAUCUACUCUUCGUAAAAAAAAAGUGAAUCUUCUGUGUUGUCGGAGGCUUUCAUAUAAAAACGCUGAAGGGACCAGAGAAAUGCCAUUCAAAGUCUUAAAUAUGCCUUUAGCAUUACUUGGUCUAAAUUAAGAGAUUUAAACAAUUAUCUUCGUGGUCCUUGGUGGAGCCUAUUGUCAGAGCAGGAUUGCUUUCCUGGGCCGGAUAGAUCAUUGACCACAUUGAUCAAUGAUCAAUGCCAUAAAAUCACGGUCCAUGGAUGCUGAUCUUUUUCAAUGUAUAUAGUGUAAAGUGGAUGUUACUAGAUAAAUAACUUCAUAACUUAAAUUGAUUGUCAGGUGUUUUCAUCAAAGCAACCUGGUUUACAUACUUUUCCCUGCAGUGAUUUACUGUGUUAUUAAAUAGUUUGCCCAUUCUCUUUAUCUACACUGCGUUCCAGUUGGUCACUAAACAGAAAAGUAAUAGAUGAAGAAGAGAAUGCUGGACGAAGGUGGGCUUAUACCCCCAAUCUACAUCUGAGUCAGACUAGAUGGUGGAGAACUAUGAACAAUACUAUUAAUGUGAUUUGAUAUGCUUUUGGGACCACGUCUUCUGGAAAAGGUGUUUCAUGACCUAUAAAUAGACACUUUCUCUUAGUUGACAGUGGUUGUUUGUGACUGGUCAGGUUUACUUGUCUGUAAGAGAUACAGGAGCUGACCCAAGUGUAUUAAGAAUCAGAACGGAGUAAUUCUGGGCUGUACUCACCCUACCAUGAGAAAUGUCAUAGGUCAAACACUUUAAUGUAAAUAUGUAUCCCGUAUCUUUCAUUUGUCUUGAACGUCAAGUUAAACUCAAACUGAAAUUUUCAACUUUUCAACAUUUAAAGGAUAAUUCAGUUCAUUGUAAUGAAUUACGCAUGUAAAUACACUCCUAAAUAAAUAUUUAUGAAUGCAA